AUGUCAGUGGUGAGGUAUGUUAUAGUACGACGCAUAAACACCAAUAAUUGCGAACUAGGGAUCCCAUGGGCUUUUGUUAUUCACAAGACAGAGCGAAAACAAUACCUUCGUUCUCCUGUCUUCUCAAUGAUAAUGGUAUUUUUUGCUUUCCGCGUAUGCAUGUAUGAAAUUGUGUUAGUCCACGUUUACGAGAAAUUCGAAUCCAUGUCCGCCCUAAAUUCUAGUAUAAUUAUGAGUAGUAACCUUAACGCUUCGAAAACGGAUUUGAAAUAUCUGUUCUCCAAUAGAACGAACUAUCUCGUAAGUUGCAAUAUUGCAAUUGCCUAUAUACCUAUGAUCCAUUUGUAGUGGGGAGAUUCUUUGAACAUCUACGGUGAAAACGGUGUACGAGAUGUCCUACGUAUGCCACGUGCUACAGUGUCCGACGCGUGCGACGAAUUUUCAGAAGUCCGUGAGUUUUUUUCAGUUUUUCCGUUGUUUACGACAUGAUAAAUCCGACUCUUCGUAUGAUGACUAACAUUGUCGGUUCACAAAUUGUCAAUUUUUUAAAGUCCCGCUAUUUAAAAAUAUUUUUUAAUAAGUAGUUUGUCAGAUGUCAUCCUUCCAGAUGGCACAAACAUGUGCCUCCGGAAAGCUGAGAUUCACUUACCUGUCGCAAAAUCAUGACUGUGUGCUCCAUACUGGGACGCGUUUAAAUCAUCUACUCUUUUGUCCUGCUGAAGGGACACCGAGUAAAUGAAUUCGGAUCUCAUCUCACCUCGACCAAGAAUACCAGAUUUACACUGCAGUCGAUAACGGAGAACGUAAAUCCAGUUUUCUUCCUCGUUUAGUCAAAUCAUACAUUAUUAUCUUACCAAAACCAUGCGUUGUAGGCUAACGGACAGUUGGUAACAUUUUGACACAAAUUCUGGCCAUAGUGGCACAAAUAGUUGUAGCUUCAUAACUUCUGACCAGCGGACCCCCAAAAAUUUAGAAAUUGUGUGCCAUUGAAGAAAAGGCAUGCUGUCUUAAACUCUGACAAAACUGAUGCCCUCUAAACUUGAGCCGCAUCUGAGAUACGACUGUGCACAUACCAUCCCAAUACACACAGUAGAAUGUAUGGAAUUCAGUUUUACCUGCCCAAUAGGAGGAACAUUAUCUGCUUUGGAGUGAUCAAAGGACGAUAAAACACACUUGUCCAACAGUCGCAAAACAGGUAGUCCUCCCAUCUUCGGUUUUAGACGUAACCUUACGUAAAAUGUAAAUAUUCACUAGCUUUUGUACGCUGUCUUCGUCGACCUUCUUGCCCUUAGAUUUUCCAACAUUUCACAGGCUGUUCACUUAAACGACUAUUGAAUGUUACGAAACUUGAGUAUCUUAAAACAACCCCAACACUCGCUCUGUUUGCACAUCACUGUUGACGUUAUCUAGCUCUAACGAACCGAUAAUUCUAUCUCUAGGUUGAGCAAGUUAAUACUAAAGACUGCUCUUUCAGAAAGGCCUAUCGCCCAAUCAUAUCACCGCCUGCAAACAACGGACGACUUGUUUUUGGACUUAGGACGAUGAAGACGCUUCCCGACAUCCAUCCAGCCCGUAUUGGCUAGCGCUGUCCUAGUUUAUUGAUACGUCGGCACCCACGAAAUCUUGCAGACGCUUAUUGCGAUUUGUUUUCCGUGCUGGAAUGUCAUGAUUCCGUGCAUUUAUUUUGUCUGAACUAUUAUUUUGCUGCCAUUGAGAGGGAUAUCAUCCUUCGAAAUGUUGCUUACAAAACGUCUGCAUUUAAUUUUUACAGAACUCUACUUUUAAACUUUUUCUGUUGAUCUCCCCAAUGCUUCCAGAACCUUAAUCUCGAGGAGAGACUAGAGACCAUCUGUGUUCAAGAUUGAUUUUUGAGUCUUUUGCCGAAGUAGAAGGACUCUGGAGCUUAAUAAAUUAGAUAUUUUUAGUAAAAAACAAUUUGAACUCAGGACCACGAUAAAAAUGUUAACUGGGCGCGGAGAAGCACCACUAAUGCUAAUAAUUCUACCGUUUGAACCCUGCACUCAGCCACCUAAACGACUUGCAAGGGGUAACUUAAGCACACUACAAAGCUCAUCAGAACUGUCAGUCGUUGGUGCAGAUUGACUUGUUUUUUUCAGUUUCGACUUGAGAUUGAGCUCGUGUCAGUUUAAGAAUGGAUAAGGCGACUAAACGCAGCAAACUAGUGGAACUACCUAACUGUACUGGCGGUCAUUCUGUCAUGCAUACAGGAUCGUAUACCUAAGACCGGAAUAGGCAAGAGUUUGGACUAGAGCUACUUUCAUCAAAAAACUCGAAAAAAAAUUUUAUUAACGAGGGGGACUCUAAUACAGUAGAUUUUUGGGAUAAAGACACAUGAAAUUUUGUUAACGUCAAAGCAUUAAAAUCGAGUGCCCACAAAACGGUUUUAGCAACCUUGAGCUUGCGCGGUGUUGUCGUGCUUGAUGAUCUAUAGCACGGUCAUGGUUAUGCCCAUCAGAGGCAUUCCGUGGCUCAUGCCACCUUGAGUGGAAAUUAGGAAAUUUUCAACGUUGUGCUGCGAGGGAGAUGAGUAAGACAACCACGGAGGCCGGAUUAGAGCACGUUACACGUUAACUGGGUCAUACGGACUCCGCUGAUCAUAUGAUAAAUGCUAAACGGGGGCGUGGUGACAGGCCGAAUUGCAGGCUCACACCACAUUAGCCACGUGCGCCUAAUUCCCGCAUCAGUUGAUUGACCGACUCAGACAAUCGGCUGGUUCACGGGAGAGGGAGGAGUGAGGGAGACUGGCACUACGCAGUCAAUUUUCCCGUAUUUGAAUAUAUCACGAUGCGCUAAAAUUCGUGGCUUGGGAGACUUCCAACUGGGUGGGCAACUCGGUCCUCUCAGGACGGAAAGUCAGACUGCAAUGGCUCGCUACUGUGGCCGCCAUAGCACUCCUACGCAGGCAACCUCCGAGGCGCCUCUUUGUUUUGUGCAAACCUGACACAUUUCUGUGGAGCCAAGUCGUAUGUGGCACGCGUAUAUGACUGUUUUACUUUGUCAACCACUGUGCCCGAGCCCACCUCCGGUCUUCUUGACUCUCUCUUGCCACCGGCAGUCGCUGCGCAAAUUCAUCAUCACUAUCAACCGGCUCACGCGAAAGUCACUGUCCUGUGUUCACCAUUCUCUGGGGCUCGCAACGUACAUCGCCGUCCGCGGCGGCCGAACUGACGGUAGUGGAGCACCAUGAAUCUAUGGGCCAAGCAUUUUCGUGGCUUCUUCACAAUAAAAAUUCGAGUGUCCCCAAUAGCAAACGCAAAUCUGUGUGAACUAUUAUUUUUACAGUCUUAACUAUUGUGCAUCUCCUAGAACUUCAUCUAGGCUAGUAGACGAGUAACUCGUACUAUCAGCCUUCUCUCACGGAGGUGGUACACUUGCCCUAAAACUGGAUGAACUCUUGUGUUAGACGAGGCUCGCGGCACGCGCUAUACAGGUUCUUUUUAUAACGUCAAUCACUCUCCCGGUUGUAUUUCAAUCAACUUAAUUCGAACUAACACAUAAAAGGGGAAGGUGAAGUGAGGCCGACCCUGUAUACAGUUUCUCCGCCUAUGUUUACCUCUUAUUUAGCAUAUUACAUCUGACAAGCUUUCAAAUUACCAGUGCGUUGAAGUUAGUAACAUGGAAGACUACCAACAACCACCCCGCGAACAGCUAGCAAGGUUGCUAUGAUUAUUUCGCAACAGGACUCUCUAGUUGAUGAUAAUUCGGACUCUUCUGGGACUCGUUUAUUUGCAGGUAACGACUAAUAUUGCGUCCACUGCUAUCCAUGGAAAUCACCAAUGAUCGCGAGGGCAUGUUUGAAUUUUUCGAAACAUCAACAUCGCUCAACUUCCACGCCCAUGUUCCGAUUUAGUCACCCCGUCUAGGCGGGAUUAUUGGUAUGGCAAAGCCCUCCUACCCGCGCCACUGGCAUGCUGGCUCACUCAAGAACAAACUAUGCUAAUAUUUCCCAGAUCUCGCGCAUGUCAUGAUCUGUAUGAGACUGGCGUUAGACAAAGGCGAUUGCAGUCUAACCCGCAGUCUUAGGGAAAAUCAAGUUAACGUUUUUCUUUUGCAACCUACGCCACUGUUUUUGGCGUUUUGCAACAGUCCUGCCAAGCUUGCCCCUUAGCCAUGGUCUCGCUAGACCAGGACGUGUAGCACAUGUGGACGAACUUCUAUUGCUACCACAACCAUUGCGCCUGUUCCUAUCUCAUCUUGGCUUUACUUGAACUUGACAGGAGUCUUACAUUAAAUCAACCCCUGAACCCACAUCCGUUUCUAAAAAACCUGAAUUUGCCCUUCCUUUGAAACAGGAUGGGUGCGGGUGGCCAGAGGGUGUAUUUGCUGGGCUCAAGUCAUUAUCUAGCCACCACGUCCCCGGCACUGGUGGCGAUCAUCUUUUAUGACGAGCGGAGUGCAGGUUGUACAUAAAACUAAAUUAGAAAUUCCGUUAUUUCCACCUAGCUUUUAAUACCGUGGGCUUCUUUCUUGUGUUUUAUGCAAUAAAAUACCCACUCCGACCUUCUUGACAGGACAGUAGAUGUGUCAGUGAAGGCAAGAAUAAGGUUUCGAUUGGGUUUCAUCUCAGUCUCACUCGAUCUGAAUAUAAACAUCCUCUAAAAAAUUGUAACCCGGCCGCGUCCAUGAUACUGAUGUCGGAAACAGGGUGAGGUCACGACCUACUUCAGAGGAAUGCGAAACCAAGCAGCGCAAUCCAGUUACGAAAUGCAACCAACUAGCCUAUCAGCACGUUCCACAUAAUUGAGCAAGCGCAUUGCCUUUUUAUGUUUGGAACCAAAUCAGUGGUCGAAGAUUCCAAGGGUGAAUGAAUGUUCACGAAACGACCCAUCCGCAACUGGCCCGCCAAAGUCUGGGAGGUAGUACAACACUAGCAGUCAAAUGAAAAGGCGUUUUUGGCGUUUUCGAUACUAUGACUCUCAGACUGAGGUUGUUUCUUUAAUUCGCUUUCCUCCUCUAUCAUUCCCCGUCAGGGCAUAAAAGUUUAGUUUAUUACAACACCUUAAGAUGGUAUCAUUUGGCCUUACCAUUUCCUUGUCAACGAUGUUGACUACAUUCUAAUUCCCGGUAUAUUCGCAUUUAAUAGGCUGAGAAUAUUAAUCAACCCUUUUCCUUAGUAUCAGUGCGAUUUUCCCGGAUUACGGUUUCCCCGAAUCGGUUAUCACAUCCUCGAGUGGGUCACGUCUACAUCACAUCUAUGUUGUCGCCCCUAUCCUUCUGGCCAAAUUAUUUGUAGCAGUUAGGUCUUAUCAGUCUGCCCUAUUGAGAAGGGCCUCAAAAAGUAGUUGUAACAAUAUCCAAGUGUUGAAAAACUACCCCAGAUUCCAGUCUACCCCCCAACAUAAUUCUCCUAUUACCUACAACUCACGUUAUGAAGAUGGGGGAAACCUCAACUAUUAUUUUAACACAAUCAAGUCAGGUCUUCACAGCCCUCCUUUCAGGAUUUGUAUUUCUGUUUCCGAUUGCAGCACUGCCAUCACGCCAUGUACGGCUUGAAUUUUUUCGAUUCGGUACCUUUCGUAGAAAAACGCUGCAAUUUCUGAAUAUUCCACCCAGCCAGCGAUCAGCAAGCAUUAGUACGAGAGCCUUCCUCGAGCAAUGACCUCACGAAUUCCCCAUUUGGUAAACGGACUUUGUAAACGCUAGCAUUUCCUUCGGCCAUUAUAUCCAGAACUCUGCAUUUGGCACCCGACGUUGUUUCUGAAAUUGAUAGGCCUCCAGUUUAAUUGAACAUUCUGGGCCAUCAAAUAACGCCUUUUGUACGCUCUCUAAAAGUGUCGUCAGUGUAGAAUCAACGAAGAGUCAGAGAAAAAGACCUAUCCGAAAGUUGUGUUCCUAUAUCGAUGUUAAAUCUUUUAAACACAGUCAAAACUGCGCCACCAAGUUUGUUUUUGUAACUUUAAAGGAUUCCUUAGGCCAUCGACGGUCUCUUGUCGUCGGGUGAUUAGUAACGCAUCCGUAACUUCGGCUGCGACAAUCGCCUGUGCGGAUCUUGUAGGAAUUCCUGGACGACCAGUCAAUGCCGGUGGCCAGGGCGCUUUCGUCUUAGCCUCCUCACCAGUGUUGGAGGCAUCAAACAUGUCCGUAAACAUAACGCCGGAGGUGUCCUGUCUUGAUGGCACAAACGGAUCUCUUAUUUCCUGCCCUGCUUUUAGACCGGCUUCUUCAAGUGCAGACAGUUUCGUAUGUGUGAAUGUACCAACAGAGGUAUGCUACUUGUGUUGUCUACUGGCACCUAUUUAGUAAGCAUUAAUGCUAGCUGGAUACUAAAUUUGUAUUUCUGCCGCGCAGCAAUACACAAAGCAUGUAUUUUAUGAAACCUCUGUGAUACAUUGGGAUUAAACAACAUAUACCUUUAAAUACAUGGAAAAGUCAACUAAAACUCUACAUCCUAGAUUGUUUGUAGUCGAAAAUUUUUCAUUUCAACAGGGUGACUGCGCAAAAUAUGCCAGUCGAUUUGCUCUCCAUCGUCCACUUGGUCCCCAGACAAACUGGGGAUUAUAACGUGGUGGAAGAAUUAAUUCUCGCAAUUUGUCCUUUGUAGAUGUGGCGUAAGCCGCACGUUGUCAUUUUCGAAACAAAAUUAAAUGCUCUCGGUACCAAAAGAUCAAGAGGCGUUCACCAGCAAACACCUCUCUUUUUCGCCAAUAUUGCUCUGUCCGGAGCCCUACGGCCGUUCUGGCAUGGGGGCGGCCAAAAUGGCUUCGAGUGUUGUGCUCGAAGAUGCCGACUACCUUCGAAAGGCCAAAGCCUACUACGGAUCGAUAAAACUAAGUCCAUUGUAAGGAGACGCAAUAACAAACUGAUUUUCCCGAGUUUCAAGCCCAGCAUCACGUGCAGAACGCCUGGCGAUCUAGCCAUCAUAUACGACCCCAAAGUGGUCUUAGUAACUGGUCCGAACAAACAAGGUUGUCGCCACCGUCCGACCGACUGCUGCGCUGAGUCGCACGUCUGCCUGUAUCUGUGCGAAAUGACGCCCUACUGCAUGUAACUUCUCCUGCCAAUAUUCGACCCAAGAGUUUCCUCAACAAAAUCGUUUCAAGGGAGACUGGAUUAGCUGCAGUUCAGCCCAGAGACGGAAGUGGAACUGUGUUAUAGCACCAGAAGUCUCAUCCUUACCCCACAGAACCUAGUGGUCAUAUCUAAAUCAAAAGAAAAGCUGUAACCUUCCUGGCCUCUUCCCUAGCAGGGAGGCUAUGCCCUCCGGGGGACAUCAGCCUCCACCAUGGGAAAAUCUCUUCACCACUGGGUCUGGACUGGAGGCUUUCGCAAUAGGCAUGUCGCCGUCGUUAGCAACAGUACUCUUGUAUACGAUUGUUAGUCCCUUGGUGUCCCUGCUCCGCCUUGCUGGGGAGCACACGGGGACAUCGUCGAACCCGACGGCCGAACUCGGCGUACAGCGAAAUCGGUGAUUAUUUGGAUAUUUAGCUUCGGUCAAAUAGUGAAUUCCGGAUACUCCUAGAAGAUAUCCAUCCUUCGCUAGCAUUCACCUAAUAUGUCCCAUUACAACGUCGAUGAAUGGGGUUCGCAGUGAUAUUCUAGCUUAUUAUUGAAGAUCACGAAUAUGUACAUGUAUGGAAUGUUUGUCGUGAACUGUAUGAACGAACUAAUUGGUCAGAUUGACUACAUUUACAGCAUGUUUCUGUAAGAUGUCAGCAAAAAGUGGUUGUGGCCGAGCUUCAAGUGCAUUUGAGCCUCCUUGAGUACCGAGUAUGGCCCGCAAACUAUGAUGAAGAUUUCAGUUCCAUUUUUUGUUCGCGUUUGAGUGUUUCAGUAUCUUAUUUCCUCUGGAGACCUAAACCUCAGCUGCUUUUCAAAUAAUUGUUCGUUACUGUUAUAUGGCCUGUCGAGAGUAACUUCGGUAUCUUAUAAUGAAAAGCCUAUGUUUGACCUCUAUGCCGUCUCUAAUAAUGAAGGAUUCUUCCUUCUCCUUGGUAAAGCCGCUUCGCGUAGUAUUGCUUUGCUUGCAAAUUUUUCAUAACAUAGACACUCACUUUGCUUAUGUCAGUCGUGAUUGUGGGCCUGCAAGUCAGGCAGACCUUGGUAUGCCCUCGAAUAACUAUUCUCGGCACGCACGCUAACGCACUCUAUUCUAUAACUACCUUCCAAGUUAGACUGAAUAGGACCCUUACUAGUAAAAUUAGGCAUACCUUUAAUUUUUAGAUCACGUUCUUCUCAAGCAUUUGCUCUAUGUCGUCUCGCUUUAGGCCAGUUCAUCCCCACCUUAUGAAAUGCCAAAUAAGUAAGAACACCACAAGUUCGAUAUUCCGAACAAUUUUUUAAUACCUUCUUCCCAUUAGGUUGACGUCGAAAUAAUAUAUCAACGGACUGGCGGUAUCUCGAAUGUGAAGAUCACUGCGAUUAUUCAGUCUGUUCCAAACAUUUUUGAUCAGAAAUUCAGCGUUCGAUUUUCUCAGGUGUGUUGCGUCUUCGCUUGCCUCUGUUACUCUCUAACACGUCAUAACUUCCACACAAAUUCAUGCUUUGUAAUGUGUUUUCAAAGUCCUUUGUCAUUUUGCUUUUGUAGACACGACUUCCAACUCCAGAAGACUGCCUUAUAUCCCAUUACCAUAAUUUACGGUUUCGUAGACGACAACUUUCCAAAUCUACGAGUAAUCCAUCUUCAAAUGCUCAUAUAACAUAAUCGCCAUGGGCGUACCUGAAGGGGGAAUAUCUUCGGCCAAAGUAGACGUUGACUGUGAUUUUCUAGCGUCUCGCCCUAAACGAGGGUUGAACAUCGUCAUUUACUGCAGUAAACGGUGUUCAUCCCUGUCACCCCGUUAAGGGCCAUUAGACAGCAUUCCCGGCUCCCCCACUUUCACGCAUUUUACAUCUCGUUCCCUUGUUGAUUUCCAGGUUGGGCCACAGGCCUUCAGGUCAGAUUUAUGACUUCACUGGGCGAUAAUUUUGGCAGGCAAGCACGUCAGAGCUUGAUAGUCUGUAGCGCAUCAAUUAACUGGAAUAUUUCUUUGGUGUAGCAGACUAUAGACAAUGGGGGAGAAUUGGCACGGCUAGGAAGCGUGAUCGCUGUUUUUGGCCCUGCUGGAAAUAUUUCAGAACCAGGGCUGCUGGCGAAAAUUCUGCAUGUUGGCAAUUCGACCCCAUCUGAUGGCGCACCUUGUCUGACUAUGCUGGUUUUAUUUUGACCCAACUGUGAAAAACUCGGCGAUCUUGGUGACAUUCGAACCCACGACAGCAAGGGAAAGGCUUAAGUGCAGCCAACUCUCUAUCCACCUGGGCUACGAGGCCCCACCGGAAGUCAUGAGAUUAAUCACAUUUGGGUCAGUUUAUCUGCCCAGCCCACUACUGGCACAGUGAGUUGACUGCACAAGCAGGAUUUCCUACUUAGUUAAUGUAGAAUCCACCAGAUGACUACGAGAACCACUUAAUUAAUAUGUAUUUUCAAAUGUACUAUAGUCCGCUACUGUUAUGCUAUAGUCUAAUGGUUUUACUACACGAGGAUAUUGAGAAUGGAGACUGAUUUUGUCUAAUAAACUCGAAACAGUGAUUUACUGCCCUAUGGAAAUGAAUUUACACCAGCCCUCUCAGUCUGACAAUGGGUCUAUUUAUGUUGUUUUCGACUUGGACGCGAUGAUUAUGCCAGUCAUCCAUGACAGUCAAUAUUUUUUAUGUGAAGAACUGCGUGAUGCAAAUUAAAAGAAGACGAAACCACGUAGGUCGUCGUUGCCAGCGUAUUCAAUACUUCGUCUUCUGCUAUAGAUAAUACUCGACCGUCGAUCUCAAAUACGAACUGCUGACCCCGCAAUAAUUUAUUCCUUUGAGGAAUAAAAAGAGCCCACCGGAACAGGUUUGUUGGAAUACCGACGUUUCGGAAAGCUUGGACGGCUCACCACUGUCAAGGCGUUAAGUACACUUAGUCGAACGAAAAUAGCGAUGGCGUGCUGUGCUGGUCGACCUCUUGCUGCUCGACCUCCUUUCCGUCCUUCGUUGUCUCGGCCUUUUGGAGGAUGUUUGGUGGGCUUGUCAGUUGCAUGUGGUCAUUCUGUAGGUUUUUAAGACCGAUUUUACGGCUUGCUUAAAAAUUUCCGAAUCUUACCUGAGCAACGCUCUACCAUAUCGUAGUCCUUCCAUCAGCAGUCCGCUUACUUAAACAUCGCUCAUCUACCCUGUUUGAGUGUUUAGUCCGAGCAAUUUCCGCAUGACUUUCUGACUAGACAUCUUUGAAGUUCUUUCCAUACAUGUUCAAACUUCUUGCCUGAUAAAUCGUGCGUAAUUACUUGGAAUUGCGAUUUGCCGUUGCGAAAUUUUGAUUAUUCCUUGUCACUUGUCAUUUACAGAAAUUCAGUCAGACUACAUAUGUCAUAGUAAGUUUAAAUGUUUGCCUUGUUUGAAAAAGUGCAUUCUAAGGACCCGCUGUCGUCUCAGACGAAACAAUACUCAGGUCUGUACGCCUAAAACACAGUAGUUGCUGACUGAAUUCAUGUGCGAUGCAAGUGUCUUGCAGUGAGCAGCCAAUUUUCUCUUACAUAGUAUGAAUUUCAGUUAUGCGAACCAUAGCACUCAGUUGCUUUUUCCUUCAGUGCCAGCAAAUGAGAUAUCGGAUGUACAUUAUAGUCACCUACACACAGUAACUACCAUUAAUAGACAAUGGGAGCCGAGAAUACUUGUUAGUAUGUCAGUUUGACGCUGGUUUAAUUUUUUGCACGUUGGAAGUGUUUGCGUAAAACAGAAAACGAUGUUACUAACAAAUUCUGCCGAUCUUAAGUAAGGCAGUUUGAGAGAUGUACGUUGAGGUUAUCCACAAUUGCUAAACUGACCAUGUUGGUUCGCGUGCAAAAUAAUAUUUAGUCAUCAACGGUCGUGACAGUUAUUUCUUGUCUGACUUUUGUCCUAGUGAGCUCAACUGCCGGUCUGUAAGGCAGUAAUUUACCAGUGUCGACGCUAUAAUUAAUAACUUCUCUCAUUUCAGGUUAAAAUGGUGUUGGCUGGUGCGAGUGCAUUCGUUUCGGACCGUAUUCUAGCUUAUUUACCAGAUCGGUAGAGAGGUUGUGCAGCCGAUUGUCAUGCCAUAUGAAUUGGUCGUUUAAGGAGCUCUGACGGCGUUGUAACACAACAAGACUUUGCCGAAUGCUUUUUCAUCCUUCCUUUCUUUUUUUAUGGGUAACCAGUCAACAAAUGCCCUGGCCGACCCGACGGAAGCCGAAACGGACGGACCGGACGCUUUGAAUGGAUCGGAGGAAGAGCGCGGUUGAUUUCAGUUUGUAAGAGGGCAAUAAAUAGGAAAGCGCCGAUGCGUCUGACGGAUAGCUCUGGAGUUCCCUGCGUCACUACAAUGCUUUAGGACUUUCGUGUGCCCCAAGAUCACUUAUUGACGUCGAACUAAGCGGCAAACUCCUCUGAUAGCCGAACAACCGCUUGAUGUGACGACUCCUUAAUCGCAGACCCAGAAAAGAGAGAUACCCACCACGGUCCGUUAGCGAUCGCCGCAGAGUGUCCGUGCGAAAGACCUCGGUGCCGUCCAGGCAGAUUCUGAGGGGAGGGAACUCAAUGGAGGCGUGGUAGUGGUCCAGGAAGUCUAUACCUGGAAUCACGUCCCACCGGAUGCGCGCGCGUGCGGACGUGUGUUUCGUCGUAAGACCACCUAUGGCAACGGAGCAGCACGCUUGUUCGUCUGGACGGAGGACAAAACCGUUGGCCGCCGAAAGCUGGGUAAGUCGAAAGAAGGAUUCGUAGCUCACCCACCGAAGGUUCGAACAAACCACGGAACAAGAAACUCCCGUAUCCAGCAAAGACGACACCAUGCCACCACAAAGGGCGCCGCGGAUGGUAACAGGUGUGCGAGCACCGCAUGAAAGUACUGUCAAGAAUGGAAAACUCGCAGCGUUAGGGAGAGACCCACCCGACGUAAACUGGGGAUGAGUUGGAGGAUUGUGACCGCAACGUUGGGCACGCCUGCCGAAUUCUCGAAAGUAAGGACAACUUGACCGGAGAGUUUUGACGACCACCAACCGAGUGGGUUUGUGUUCGACGACUGGACGGACGACGUUCAGCCACCGAAAAGAGAUGGGUUGAGACAAGCUGACGUUGGGCCACUUCCACGUGCCACUUCCAGUACUUUCUGCAGUGACAAACAAAAUUCGGUGUUCCGAACACCAAUAGAAAAUCGUUUGAGAACCUCCGUUUCACGCUGGACGGGGGAGUCAUUGGGAAAAGCUCCUAGAACCAACUCGCGUAAGGCCCCGGCGUACGUGUCGACUGACUUUGUCGCCAACCAUCAUUGGCUCCAGAAGGCUUCGAGUGCCAGGGCAGGCGCCGCUCCAUGAUUAAACAAAUCACUGAUGGUUUUGAGGAUUUCGCCGUCGGGGACAUCCAGCGAGACUCCCGUGGCCAUUAUCAGCCGGGCGGCCGAAUCAUCUAAAAGCGAGACUAAGUACGGGGCAGCGUGUUUGGGAGGAACGGUACGGCGAAAGUUUCGGGCACGAAGGACCCAGACAGAAAAGUCAUUUCCCGGGUACAAGGGGCUGGGAGGUCGGAGAGGGGGGCGGGCGAAAUCCGCCUCCGUAUUUGUCUUCUGGGGAACAUAUGGUGUGGUAAUUGCCGGUUCUGAUGUCCCAGGAUCGGACACAGGGGGCUCAGACGGGGGGGAGAAUGAGUGUUCUCGUCGACUUUAGCGGCCAUAAUCCCACCAACUGUCACCAAUUUGUAGCGUGAGUUGUUGUCCAAGGUCAGACUAGAUCCUAAGAAGGAAUUGCAGGUCAGGCGAAACAAAUGGCCACAGCGAGCACCAGGCAUCGACAUUCUCACGAACGAUGGCGGAAAAGGAGGCGAGAUAGCCGAAACGUAUUUAUUGUGCUCUUAUGAUCUCAAAUCAGCCGCGCUCUUCCUCCGGCCCGUCCAAAGUGUCUAGUUCGUCCGUGUCGGCUUCGGUCGGACCGGCCAGGGAAUUUGCUGACUGUUUCCUUAUAAAGAAAGAAAGGAACGAUGUACAAACAUUAGAAAAAGACUUGUUGCAUUACAGCGUCAGCCGUCCUAGUCAGCUACGAAACUACGAGAAUGGUUAUCUACCAUUAGCGGGUUUCUCUGUCAAUAAGUGUAUUUAGGGUUUCCGCUAUUUUAUCUCCUGCAUUGUCAGUACUUAUCAGAGUUUGUGUGUUUUCUACGCCAAAUAGGAAGUUAAUAAAAUCUUACUUUCCCCGAAGCAUCUUGAGGCCCCGUCCGUGUGCGUGUGCUAAGCCUCAAAGAGCGGUCUACACUACUAACGUGCCAAACUAGGACUGGCCCCAUGGUUGCUAGUGGGGUGUGUUAGUCGAACUGCACUGAUUUUGUCCGAACUCUUAACUACUGCCGUAGUGCGUUAGAUGGACGCUCACACUACGUCAACUACUGCCUAUGUUCUCAACAGCAUCUGUCCAACAGGCUCAAAAAGAGUGUCGAUGCACAGGGGCGGAACGAGAGACUGGGACCGAUACUGAUGUAUCCCUCCUCACUAAAAUUCGAAAUUUUCCUCACAUAUUACACACCUGGGUUUACCAUAGCAGGCAAAAAGUCGUUGUUUGCAAGGUCGUUAACUGACUGACUAACUUGCUCCUUUUUGGAAUGGGGGUCAAACCGCAGUGCCCCCUUGUUGUGGCCUUUAUGGUAGAGCUUACCUCUGUAAGAUCCGAGGUGCGUGGUAUGCGUUCAACGGCGGUUUAGCAUCACUCCAGUCACUGUGGCCAAUCUCAUCCUCAGCCAACUGAAACAUGGUGGUGGUGGUGGGGGGAAAGGGAAUGGAGGAGGGGACAUACAGUGAAUUCGACCCAACUCAGGUACUAGCGUCUAGUUUCUCUCACUACAAACCAAGCAAGUUUCGAAACCAUUUGGAGACCUUAGUAGUCGUGGCCUGGAAGGUUGCCAACUGACGGUGUUACUUGAUCCUACUGCAAGGCGGGCCGCAGCGCAGCUCUCUUAAUAUGGUUUUUACUUAAUUUUUGCUUCUGCAGUGCCCAAGACCCGUUCGCUGACGGCCGGUAUUGGUGGAGUUUAGGAAUCAGUUCUCUUGUUAUACGCCAUGAGCAGGCUGUCAAGUUUUUUCAGCUACUGUGGCCACGCUCACCUCCUGUCGUCUUUGCCUUGCGAUUGGGAUCUGGGGGACUUGGAAGAGUGAAGUGACAUGGGUGUUGCGCGGUUCUGCUUCGCAGUAAAUAAUUUCGCGCGCAAGCCGCCGCUGGACCCCAGAAACAACGGUAGACCUCGUCGCUUACGACGAUCAAGCUACCAUAUUGAAUCAGUCUUGCACUCUAAUAAAAACCUAUGCUUUUCCGGCGUUUUAAAUUUAAUUUUAGUUACCGGGAAUGCUUAUUUAGACUGACCUGGGGGCGUUUUAUUAAACCAUGGCUUCUUUUCGGAAUGGGGUCAUCGAAAAGUCUCGUGUCAUGGGCAUGACAGUGAAAGCGCUUUUCUUUUGUUGCGACCUAAAUUCUCGGCUCCCAGACGGACAACACAUAUGUGAUCCACUUUACAGAGCACCAAAAACACGCUGAUUUGCUGGCUAACAGUCAGACAUGAAGCGCAGGAAUCGACCUCAGCUCGAAGAUACGGCUGAUGAAGCUUUUCUUCAAAGACUUUGGCGGCGCCAACUUACUUAAAAUAAACCCUGUGUUCUUUGAGAGUAGAAACCCAAGAUGAUAAACUGAUUUGGUCAACUUAAUGUUUGCGUUUUUGUGAAGGUUUCAGGAAACAUCUCAGAAGAAGCCGCUGAUACACCACGGAGCGGGAACCCGGGCUACAAUAUUGGAGCACCUGUACUUGCGGGCACUACAAACUACACAACCGUAGGUCUCCAAGAACCGGACUUAACAACCGUUGAGACUAUCCUUCCGACUUCGGACGGACUAAGCCUGGCAUCAGAAUUUGGCGUGUGGUCCAUUCCUGUCGGCGGAGUCUGUAGUAUCCUCAAUGGCAAUACUCCUGAUGCAACUCGUUUUCAACCGAUUAGCUUCGGCCUCGAUGUUUACACUGGGUGCCUGUUAAGGUGAGUUGGCCACCGAUCCAGCGUAAUCGGUACUUAGUAAAAACUUAAUUCAUCCCGUUCUUUUGCAAAAGUUAGGCAGGCCUAAGGAAAAUAUGUUUCUACUAAUGUGCAUGGGAUCAUAGGGCAAUGAAUCAAAAGGGGGGAAGUUUGCGUAGAGCAUGGAAUUGCGUACAACAACACUUAAUCUGAUAGCUGUACCGGUCAAAAUUGCGCAAGCGAAGUGACAAACGUUGUCAAUAUCUGCAGAACGAGUUCCCUUGCGAAAACAGACAUUUCAUCUUACACUAGGUGGUUAUCAUCUUACUGUUCACAGCAGUUAAGCUCACACGUUUCAAAUAAAUGCGCCAGUAUAAAUAAAAGAAGUUGGGUUGACCUAUGGGCUGAAUACUAUAUGUACCGUACCUGUCGUGUUUGAUUCGGAACCAAAGCCAAUCCCCAGCCAGAAGGCAGUUCAGAGUUCGUGCGUCAGGCAUGCUUAUAACACAAGACAGGCGGCGAGGCAGAACAACUUCGAGCAAGCAGGAACAGACACCCCACCACUCUGAUGAUGGAAACGAGGAAGUUUCCGAAACGUCAGCAACAAUACACUGUGGUCCAUGCAAUCGCCCCUUUUUCUUCUUCGUCUUCUUUUGGGGAUGAUGAACGGGAUAAUUUAUCAGGACCUCGAAUCUUUACUCAUGUUGAUAUAUAUAUAUAUAUAUAUAUAUAUAUAUAUAUACUAAAGGUAUUAUAUCGUACUCCCGACGUAGAUUCACUCAGGAAUGGGCGCACACCGAUCCAUUGGCUUCCCGAAGCAAACAAGCUUCGUAUGGGCGAUAAGGGUCACGAAAAGGCAACCACCUACCAGGCCGAAGUCGGCCAAGCUAUGAUAGCAGAGGGGAGACGACAAAGUCUGGGGAUAGAUUGAUACAACACUGUUUCGGGCUUGUUUGCCUUCAUUCAGUCAAUCAUAACCCUGACCACCAGCUGGUACCGGAAACACAAACAUGCGCUCAGACGCACCUGGCGCAGCUGGUCCACCACUGGGGUCUACCAGAUGGGUCAUAAGCAUUUCAUCGAACCGAAGUUCAUCAGUGCAUACGUUGGAAACGGGCCACAAAUUCGCAUGGGACAGGACUCGCAUUGUUGGUGUUUGCUCAUCAAAAAAGGGCCGUGAAUUUUUAGAGGCCAUCCAUUCUGACAGCGCAUGCAUCAAUCGGCACGUAGAAUUGGAUACGGUGUACAACAGCCUCAAGGAAAAGUGGAAAAGGCGUUAGCCAAUCAGAACAUCACACCAGCAAGAGUGACAAGGCAAAAUAGAUUUUUCGGCAUGUUUAAAUGUUAACUGUGUUGCACACUUACUUCACGUCUGAAGACGACUUGGGGAACCAAGAUCGAAAAUUUACAAUAAAACUUGUUUAAUAUUUCCCAAAGAGCUGUUUUCUUUCGAAUUAUGAUUCUUGGGAUGCCUGUUUUCCAAUUCAUACGGUAAUACCAUUCUGCCUAUAUAUAUAUCAGCGAGGAGGGACGACAGAGAAUGCGGGUAGAUUGAUACAGCACUGUUUCGGGCUUAUUCUGCCUUCAUUCAGCCAAUCAUAACCCUGACCACCAGCAGCUGGGACCAGAAACACAAACAUGCGCACAGACGCACCUGGCGCAGUCGGUCCACCACUGAGGCCUACCAGAUGGGUCAUAAGCACUUCAUCGAACCGAAGUUCAUCAGUGCCUCGCCACCUGUCAUUCUCUGUCGCUGCAGAUCGGGUAUUUAUCAAUCAGGAAUGGGCGCACACCGAUCUAUUGGCUUCACAAAGCAAACAAGCUCCGUAUGUGUGGCAAAGGUCACAUAUAUAUAUGGAUAGCUGAGGUAGUGUGCAUUCCGAGAUACUAUGAUGAAGAUAGAAGGCUCGUCGGAAAAAUGGAGUUUACUCGUAAAUUUUCGAGCUGGUGACAAUAACCCGUCGUCAGACGAAAUAAACAGUGGAGAAAGUGAACUGGUCAGAAUAAAUUUGCUGGCGUGACAGGGCAGCCAUUGACAGGCAAGCAACUAAUGUGUGAAUGGGGGUGGACAGUUAAUUAGGCUGGGAUGCGUGGCGGGGGAGGGAAGGGGGAACUGUUGUGGCUCCCUGUGUUGGAGGGUAUGGGGGAUGACGAUUCAAUGGAACUAUGGGCAGUGGACUUAAUGGUCGUCGAUCCUGCAUGCGGGCGGAGGUCAGUGAGCCCAACGUAGAGGUGUUAGGGGUUGCAGUUCGCCGUGUCUGGGGGAGUAAUGGAGUGACGAAAUAGGGCGAUUCUACAUGGCCCAGUGUGGAUUAGCGGCUGUUGUUAGGUCGUGGGCGCAAGUCAGUGAGCCGGGCACGCAGACCUUCGUAAUGAGCAUCUAGAUCGACAUGGCGAUUCGAACCCACGACAGCAAGGGGAGGCUUUAGUGCAGACAACGCUCUAACCAUCUGAGCUACGAGGCCCCACCGGACGACGCAACUUUAAUCACAUUUGAGCCAAGUUUAUUCGCCCGACCUACCGAAACUUCUGGUACCACCAAAUCUGAUACAGUAAGCUGACUGCCCAAGCAGGAUUUCCUAAGUAAUACAUCUAGAAUCCACCAGAUGACUACCAGACUCACGUAAUUCAUAGGUGUUAUGGCAGAUUUCAAAUAAUUUACUUUGACCCAACUGUGAAAAACCCGGUUCCUCGUGGGAUUCGAACCCACGACAUCAAGGAAGGGCUUUAGUACAGCCUCCCAAUUGUGAUUAAACUCCCGUCGUCCGGUGGGGCCUCGGAGCUCAGAUGGUUAGAACGUUGGCUGUACUAAAGCCUCCCCUUGCUGUCGUGGGUUCGACUCCCACCGAGGCACUGAGUUUUUCGCAGUUCGGUUAAAGUGAAUUAUUUGAAAUCUACCAUAACACCUAUAAAUUACGUGAGCCUGGUAGUCAUCUGGUGGAUUCUACAUGUAUUACUUAGGAAAUCCUGCUUGGGCAGUCAGCCCCGAACUGCUGGGGCUCGAUCCCGCAACCUGUUGGUUAGAAAUCCAACGCCUGUCGUCCUGUCGGUUGCGCUAUGCGGCUGCUGACUGAGCUCGAGAGAGAGCCCCAAGGCACAACGGGACGACAGAUCAGGUACAUAUAGUAUUCAGCCCAUAGGUCGACCCAACUUCUCUCAGUUAUACUAGCGUAUUUAUUUGAAAUGUGUGAGCUUAAUUGCUGUGAACAGUAAGAUAAUAACCACAUCGUGUUAGAUGAAAUGUCUGUUUUUGCAAGGUAACUCGGUCUGCAGAUAUUGACAGCUUGUGUCCCUUUGCUUGGCAUCACAUUCCGAUUGGCUAACGCCUUUUCCACUUUUCUUUGAGAUUAUUGUACGCACCGUCUAUUUCUAUGUGUCGGUUGAUGAAUGGGCUCUGAAAAUUCGCGGCUGUUCUUAGAUGAGCAGACAACCAUAAUGCUAGUCUUGGCCAAUGCAAAUUUGUGUCCAGUUUCCAGCGUAUGCAUGACAGCCUGGGACAAGUGGUAUCGCCUUCUUACUGUCACCUGGUGUUCGUGUAUGCGUGUGGAGGCAGAUUUCCCAGUCUGACCACGCUAAACCGCAUUGCAGGUGUCGCAUCGUAUCUUAUGGACGACUUAUUUCAUUUAUAAAUAGCCAACCCUAUCCUUAGGCUGUACAAGCUGGUAGCGAUGUGUAGAUGUCGGUUUGUGCGCCACGUGUAUUUGGUGCUUCCUAGGGUGUCUUUCAACUAGUUCUGACUUAUUCUUAAUGUAUGGAAGUGUUCGCCAGAUUUUUGGUUUGGGCGCUUGAUCGGAACAAUCUAGUUCUUUGUCUUUUUCUUUUAACUCCUGUCGCCUCAUGCAUCGGUGUAUAAAAUAUCUAUGAUGCCCAUUCCGAGAAAACAGUUUGAACAAGUCAUUCAGUUCUGUUUGAUAGGUUUUGUUGUUAGAGCAGUGAGUUCUUGCUCGGUUAAGCAGGCUGUUCACGGCACUCCUUUCGUGAGAGAUCGGGCGAUUGCUCUCGUAAUGUAAAAGAAUUUCCGCGUAGGCAUCCUUGCUGUAAACCGAAGUGUGAAAUGUCCCGUCAGUCUGUCUCUGUACGAGGACAUCAAGAAACGGGAGUUUGUUGUCAGUCUCUUUAUCGAGUAUGAAUGUGAUUCCUGGAAGUGUUGACUUAAUAAUGUUGUGGAGUAUUUCCAGUUGAUCACAUUUAACACUGACAAAUGUGUCAUCAACAUAACAUACCCAUAAUUUGCGGUUAACUAGUGAUAAGGCGAUAGCCUCUAAUUUCUGCAUCGUGACUUCUGCGGGAAAACCAGAGAUGGAUGAUCUCAUAGGGGCUCCCUCCAGCUGCUGAUGGUAUUCCUGUACAAAUGAAAUUUCGUUUCCAGACAUAGAUCCAGGAGUUCUAUCAAAGCGAAUGCAGGAAUAUUGGUGUCGUAGGACUGGAGAUGGUCCUUUGUGUAUUGUCUUGCUAAAUCCGGUGGUAUGGAAGUGAACAGAGAGACGACAUCGAAGGAUACCAUUAUUUCAUCUGUUGUGAUUCUCAGUCCCGGUAAUUUGUUCAGAAGUUCUAUUGAAUUAUGGAUUGAUGUUUCACAAUUCUUUUUCAACGGAUAGAGUUUGUGAAAUCACCAUGUAGAACUUCCGUAAUUAGGUGCACCGAUUAAAGAUACUAUCGGUGGCAGUGGUACCUCAUGUUUGUAAACCUUAGGCAGUCCAUAGAACUUAGCAAUGGCCCGUUCAGUUUGUCGUUAGGAUUUGGCAAUAUCUCCCGAUAUUUCCUUCUUUCCUGUAAGACGUUUAAGAACUUUUUCAAUGGUCGUACUCUGCGCUUUAGUAGGGUCCGUGAUAAGAGGUUUAUAGGCUGACCUAUCCUUCAAUAGUGACAACAUCUUUUCGUUGUAGUCUGCUUUGUUCAAGACCGCAGUUGAGAUCCCUUCCCCUCGGGAAGUAUGACAAUAGCUUUGUCAGUUUUUAGUGUUUUUAAAGCCUUUCUUUUUUCGUGUGAUAGUACCAAAGAGGGAUUUCGGUUCUUUAAGGCAUGUACAGUGUUGUUGCGGAUUGUGGCACGUUCUUCGCCUGUAAGAUUUUUUGUUGAUAUUAUAGACUCCAAGUUUGCAAGGAAGUCUGGGUAUUUUGAAUCGGAGAGAGUAUAUUUCAUUCCUUUAGAAAAUACACUUUCUUCGUCUGUUAUAAGUCUUUUUACUGAUAGGUUCACAACGUUCGUCGAGCAAAUUUGCUUUGUGGAAUUUCGUUGAGAGAUGGCCAUUCAUUUUUUUGUCUAAAACCCUUCCCUUUUUGUCUUUAUAUGCCGGAAACAGACAAUCGUUUCGUUUAGAAAUUCAGCUAAGUGUGAAUGGAGACUAUCUCGACAUAAUUUCAUAUACUGUUCUUUGGAAAUUCGGAAUUCCUGAAGUUUGUAAUGGCCAUCGGAUAUAAACCCGCCAAGCAUGCUUUGACCGUAACGUGAUGCAAUUUGAUAUCCUUGGAUAGUUUUUAUAGCAGGUUUUAUUUGGACAGAUUUUGGCAAAAUCUUCUUGUUUCGGCAUUUAUGUAAAAAUGAUAACUGUUCUCGCGUGAGACUUUCGCGAAUCACACACGUUUCCCACGUUUCACCAUAAAGUAAAUCACGCACAAGUCACCGUCUUGCUCCACCAUGCUGUGGAGCACAUGAUGGACAUCGUCGGAUGCUAUGGAUGAACUGUCGUGGAGCAUUUCCAGGGGAUUCCUUUUAACGAAAAGAAAAGUGUCAUCUACAUAACGCACCCAUAAUUUGGGAUUAAUUAACGGUAGGACCAUAGCUUCCAAUUUUUACAUCGUGAUUUAAGCAAGAAAAGCGGAGAUGGGUGAUUCCAUGAGAGCUCUCUUCAUCUGUCGCUAGUAUUCGUGUGCAAAUCCAAGCGUUCAACCAGUGCAGGUACAGAGGCGUCCUUGUCGUAGGACUGGAGGCGUUUUUCUGCGCAUUGCCUUUCCAAAUCCAGUGGUACAGACGUGAGGAAACAUCAAAUACAAGUGGCGCACAAACCGACGACCACAUUACGAAACCAACUCGUACACCCUAAGGAUUGGGUUAGCUAUUUUGAUAAGAAACAGGCCGUCUACAAUAUCCUGUACGACACCUGCAAUGCAUCGUACUGUGGUCAAACUGCAAAGUCGGCCUCUACACGCAUACCCGAACACCAACUGGCUGCGGGGAGGCGAGGCCACGUGUCCCAAGUUGCCAUGCACACACUGGAAACUGACUGUAAAUUUUCUUGAAACAAAACUCGCAUUGACCCGCACAUUUAGCUAGAUACCGUUUACAAUAAUCUCAGGGAAAGGCGGAAGAGGCCACAGCCAAUCAGCACGAGAUGCCAACUAAGGCCAUGAAUUAUUGGCAGGAAUUGAAGGACAGUGUCUAUUUUAUUACGCCUUAGAUUGUUGAGCGUUUUGCAUAUUUGCCACAAGUCUGAAGACGACCCGGGGAACCGGUGUCUAAAAUUUGCGCAAUUAAGUUUUCUGCAUUUUCCAAAGGACUUGUUACUUUUAUAUAUAGUAGUAGUGUAUUUAGGGCAAUAGACAACGCCCUUGAUGACCCCAUUGAAAACGGCAAAUAAAAGGUCUGAAAGCGUGGGCUAUGCCAGUAUCAGCAAAUCAUGGCCCUCGCAGCCUGGUAUACACUGGCGGUCCCCUGACAGCUGGUUCCCUUCCAGUAGAUGCGCUUGCGUUCCCGCUGGGUAUACAGGUGGUGGGCAUGGCUGCCCGGUUAUCCUCGUCCUUCUGACCCCUGUUGGGGUCUUAUUGUUGUUGUUGGUGGUGAAAAAUCCUCGUCAAGUGUGUGUUGUGGACCAGGGAGUGUGGUGGCACACCUAGGUGCAGGCUCGGCCGUUCCAGCCGCCUGCGCCCUCCCCCGCCUCCGGUCUUCUUGACUCUGUCUUGACACCGGGUCCAGGUGUGGAUUGGGAAGAGAGAAUGCGUCAGAUGUUGCGUAAGUCUACUAUCACUAUAACUAAUUCACCGCGCCUGCUGAACCUUGCUGUGUAGCACACGGUGGACAUCGUCGGAAUCGGCGGUCACUAUCGAAAAUGGCAUAUACAAUAUUAAUGUUGAAAACACUUGUUACUGAAAUGUUGCCAGUAACAUGUUCGCUUGCAUAAAACGUACAUACAGUGGUCGACUGCAAAGGUUACGCCAGGCGGUCCUUUCCAUGUACAUUUGAGAUUAUAAGUUCAGUUAUAUGCAGUCAGCAAAAAAUGUAGUCAUUUGUGUAGUUUACAGGAACAAUGUGCAUCAAAAGUGCACGGAUGCGCUACAUAGGAAGUGAUAUCAGGAAAUAAACUUCAUGCCUUGCCGCAGAUAGUCCUGCGGUAAGAGUCGUCGUUUAUCAAAGGUCUCCAUGUCGCUUGGAGGGCCGGAGGGGGUUGCAAGACUGAAAUUCUACGUGGCCAGGCAGGGAUUAGCAGUUGUUAAGGCCUGCGAACAAGUCAGUGAGCGCGUACGUAAACCCUCGUAGUGAACGCCUAUAUCGACGUGGCGGUUGGUGCUGGUCUAGGAAUUCUCGUGGCUGACUAGUGUUAUCCAUUGCGUUCAUUCCAGUACUUUCCCAAUUGAAGCAGUGGUCAUACCCAGGUAAAUAAGGUUGGGAGAACAUGGAGUACUCAAAGAACAUCACAAUAUGAUCACUAGCACCAAUUGGCGGGAGAUCUUGUACAUCCAGCACACUCCUCAUCUCGGGUGGGUAUCAGGUCAAGGCAGUUUGAGCGUUGUCCUUCCCUAACACGUGUUCCGAGAGUUAAAUUCUGGAAAAGUACUUUGUCCACUGCCAAUUCAAGCAAGUGUUGCCCGAAUGUUUCCGAUGAACCCAAAAUCUUCCAAGCUUGCCAGUCAAUAUUGGGGACGUUAAAGUCUCCAACAAUAAGGACAUGCCUGUUCAGGCAGGUCUUUUUUAAGUUCGAUUAGGAGAAGGCUAUCGUGUUCGGCAUUCUGGUUUAAGGGACGGUAUAUAACUGCAAACGCCAACGGCGGACGUAUUUAGUGGAAAUAGAUGAAAAUAAGAAUUCCACUUUCGUUGUUGUGGGAUGUCGCUCAGGGACCGCGGUUAGAUUGCAGCUAACGUAGACAGCGACCCCUCCUCCUCGGUAUUUCCUGUCUUCUCUAAACAGUUAAUAACCUCUGAGGAAUACCUCAUGAGCUGCAAUAGCUUUAGAAAGCCAUGUUUCUUUCAAGGCAAUGAUAUCUGGCGGGUGCUCGUCGACCAGAGUCCUGAGUCCAUCCAUCUUGUCAAACACGUCCAGUACAUUCGAGUACACCACCUUUAGUGGCUGUCUUCUCGGAGGGAACCAGCCCUGAUUACAGAGGAGGUUAGCCACAGGAACGAUUGCUUGAUCUGUAUUAUCUUCCCUUUCUUUAUUUUCAAACCCCUUCUCCCCUUCUUCUGCGCUCUUCUUCAGUUCUGUCCAGAGCUCUCUCGUCUUGUGUCUUACUGUCGGUUCGUAAUCCGGCUGAAAAAAACACCUUAUGCGAAUGACGAAGAGCCAUCCUCCCUUCUAGGAUAUGUGAAGCCUGGGCUUCCCACUUGAAGCCGUGGUCAUGCCCAAUGUUGUGAGCAAGCGCGAGGGACGGGGGGCCACUCUGGCGGAGGGCUAACUGUUGCUCGUAAAUGCGAGUCCCAAGACGUCAGUCUGUAUGGCUAUUGUCUGUCCUUCCGCGCCAGCCGAUCUAGUCUGCCGAUCUCACUUUUUCGCCUUUAUUUUGUUUUACGACUGGUUGGUGUCACCAACUUGAAAAUUCGCAAGCACAACUCGAUUUCCCGAAUAACCUUUUCUUUUUAAAUAUCUCAUUUUGGAAUGCACACUACGUCAGUUAUUCAACAUACUUUUGGGCGUCAAACGCUUAUCCUUACCAGGCGUUAGGAGCAAUUCGCACAGUUUACUUUUCACCACCGCUGUCGCGAUCAUGGUAUACUACCGAAGUGUCUUCUAUUCAAGCCCACUCUUCCCAAUGUGACCGGAAGGCGAUCUAAGCGCAAAUGUGGAUUUUGUAUUUUGAGUGCCAUUAUAUCCGACGUCCACCGUCCUCUUUGCCGUUUCGAAGUACUAAUUUCGGACCUUAGAAGCCGAUGCGUCUCGUACUUACCUGAAGACCUAUUUGAAGAAGUACUGCAUCGAAUAAACGCCACCACCAAGGACGCCAGAAUGAAGAAACGGACCAAUCUGCAAAAGAAACCGCAGUCUCUUCUUAUCUCAACCGGCGAGAACUGAAUGUCUACGAGGGUUGCUAGCCUCUCCGUAAAGGAUCAAACGUCCGCUGUUUAAGGGAAUAAGCUUCAUUCACAUCGAUGCUGAGCCUACAGGCUUCCUAGCCAACCUUGAAUCCCUCCUACGGACCUCCGCCGCCCCUGAAGGCAUAUGUGCGGACAUACCCAGCUGUGCCACUGGUUUCCUUCGACAGAGGAAGGAUGAUUAAACCUUACCGAUCGAAGAAGAAAAGGAGUUGCGAUCACUGAAAACAUAUGUUAGUACAGUUAUUAUGUUUGCUGACGAAGGGGGAGCAACCGUCCUCAUGGACAAGGCUGACUACGUCAGCAAGGAAAGCCAAAUCUUCAGUAACAGGGAAGCCUACUCACCACUCGCUGUUGGCCCAACGAAAAAACAGGUCGGGGCUAUCAAGAAGAAGGUGAAUGAGCUUGCUCGAUUGAACGUUAGGAGCUCCAAUGACUGCAGAUUUAUUGCCCCCAGUGACCCCCAUAUCGCACAUACGUACGGUCUUCCAAAGGUGCGCAAGGCAGAUGCGGCAUUGAUGAUCAUAGUGCCACUCGUUAGAUCCCCAGCUUACGACCUUGCCCAAUAGUUAUACAGACACUAAAAGCAUCCCACCAAUGGAUCGCACUACAACAUCAAAAACUAUCAGGCUUUCCUACAGAAGGUCCAAGGCCUUGAAGUAAGUCCUGACGAAUGCACGCUAUCGUCCGAUGUUCUUGCCCUGUUUUCCUCAAUACCGCAUGACUUGGCAAUUGAGAGUGUAGCUCGAUGCCAAGAAAAAUCGCAUGGACGUUCCAACACGGCAUGUUUUAGACAUGCUUAGACUCUGUCUCAAGAAUCAUUGUCACAUCGAUGACAAGUACUAUCAACAGGUUAAGGACAUCCCAAUGGGCUCGCUAAUAUCGGGGCUGUUCGCAGAACUACUUUACAGCGACUAGAAGAGAAUGUUGUGAGAACUUUCAAACUAAAAAUGUGACUCCGUCACGUAAAUGACACAUUUUUCAUCAUAAAGACCUCUGAACUUGAGCAGUUGCACCAGAGCUUGAAUGGCGUCUUCCUGGCCGUGCAGUUUACUCGCAAAGAAGCAACAGGACAUACCCUCCCGUUCUUAGAUGUGAGUAUACAAAGACUUAGUGAUGGCAAACUAGCAACAAGCGUCCACCAAAAAGGCUAGUGUCAAAGUCGUCCUCAACUAUGGAAGCAAUCAUCCUGCGGCCCAUAAAAGAUGCUGUGUCCGCACUCUUUUCCGUCGGGCCUUUCGUCACUGCAGAAGUGAUGACCUACUUAAGAAAGAACUGAUCUACUUAUGUCGGUUGUUCCGGUCAACAGAUAUCCAACUGGCUCUGUCACAAGUUGUCUCAGACGCCAGCGACAACCACGCUGCCUUGGAUUUUGACCGAAAGGUGAUAAAAUGCAGAAUUGGAGAACUAUUUGUCAAUGUACAUUCCGGCAUUACCAAUCCCAAACUGGAAAUCGUAAACUGUUUAUUGGAGAUUUGCCAAAAUUCACUGGGACUCAUUAAAAGCUAAUUCAGCUAGUCAAUCUGAUAGGACAAAAUGCACCAGUAUGUAAGGAAAGGCGAACAAAAGAUGACGACAGUUCGACCUUCGCGCCCGACGAUGUCCACCGUGUGUUCCACAUCCAGGUGGAGCAGGCACGGUGACUUGCGCGUGUGUUAGUUUAUGGUGGUAGCAUACUUGCACAGCGUCUACCGCGCGUCCUCCUCCCCCACCUGGACCCGGUGUCAAGACCGGAGGCGGGGCAGGGUACAGGCCGAGCCCGAAUCUUGACUCCAUUCCACACCCCUGGUCCACACAGCAAAUGACCAGGAUUUUAACCAACAGAAAUGGAGGUGGCGACAGAGGUCUCAAUGUGCGCGACGUCUGCCGGCAACCGGAUCUGCCACCUCACCCUAAAGUGCUGGCAUUUGUUUUGGUGCGCAUUCUGAUAACGCCUGCCAGAAUCCGAUAUAGCCUCCGUGUUAGUCCAGCGCAUCUACGUGGACCGUAUGGGGGGACAAACAAAAGACAUUAGGUCCACGACACACUGAAAAAACGUCUUAUUAUGACACCAGGGAGCUACAAACACUCGAUUAAUUAGGCAAGUUAGCGUGGAAACAAAGAACUAUCGCAUUUAACCCUUUCAAUUCCCCUUUAUAUGGUAUAAAUAAAGGUGUGUACGCAGUAUCAUUGAUUUACGCUCCUUUAUCUCAGGUUGCUAAAAUAGAAGGAAAGGGUGCCAAGCUGUAGCAAUAAAAAGGAGUGAAGAAUCCUUCGUUGCAAAACUGCACUAUCAGCAUACUCUAAUCUAGUACACGCAAGUAAAUGAAAUUCAGUAGCCACGGAGGUUUAAAAGAAGCGAAAUCAGGACGUUUAUAUAAAGCAAGCUGUUACAACAAACCCUUCGACAUGCCAAAACCGUACGUUUUUAUUUUCUGGGCCCCUAUAGUGUCAACAAGACCUUCUUCGACAAUAUUCCUGGCGGAGGCGUAUCGCAUUCGGAACAGUGCUCCUUACUACAGCAAUACGUGAUCACUUUCCUGACUACAGCGGUUGGAUUCCCAGGCAAAUCUCCGCUGCCAGAUCGCGUUGCCAUCUGGCCAGCCGCGCAAACCAAUGUCUCCUCCGACUGGGUGCAUGUUUUUGGAAUCGAUGCAAUUCAGAGCCCCGCUCCUGCAGCAGCUAACGGAAUGUAAGUUACCAGCUGGUACUUCCCUAAUGUAGGUCUUUCCAAAGUAGACGAGAGAAAGAUUGUGAAAAAAACGGAAUUUAACAUAAUUAAAUUCCAUGACCUCUAAUCCAACUGCAGAUGGACUUUACCCACUUGAAUAAAGGCGGGUCGUCGAGUUUGAUGGUCUUACAGCAUGGCUACAAGUUGUUGGACUGAGCCACGUGAGUGGUUCUGAUAAGCGGGAAUAGAGCGGGAUCAGUUAACACAAUGGCUACUAGGCUGGCGGUAGCACGGUCCAUUUAAUCAUGCCAUGGAGUCUUUGCUCGAUUAUUUCGGAGCGUUCCUUGCUAUGUUGGUGGACGCUUACCGUGAGAAGCGCCCGCAGAUCGACAUUGACUGCCGAAUCGACGGAAAACUUAAAAAUCCGUCGUAUACAAGCAUUUUCGAGAGAAUCCAAGACCAGCGUCCAUGGCCUGUUGUUCGCGGAUGACUGUACGCUAAAAAUCGCAACAAAAGAGGAAAUACAGUGGUCGGUUUGACCAUCAACACGGAGAAGGUAGAGGUCGUGCACCGACCUGUCCCAACUGCUGAUCACAUUGAACUCCCAUAUUGUUGGAUGAAUUUCUUAGGGUGUUCGUUAGCCAGUAGGAGCUUCUUGGAAAUCUAUCUUUUCGUCCAGCCUUUCAGUAUAGCGUAUUUUACUUGCAGAAUUAAAGAGACAUUGCAUUACAUUUUUCCUCUCCUGAAUGGGAACGAUGUUAAGGAAGUGAAGACAGUACUCUUUCUUACUUGUAUUUUGAUAACUGGAACUCUGAGUGGAAUCAUCUUGCCUAUGUAGGAGAGUAUCCAAAAGGGUUAAUUUGUUGUUCCCUUCUGGCAUUGCAUGUACCUGAGUCACAGCCAUGAGCAAUUUUUUCCGAGUAUCGUCAACGAAUUUCGUGUAAAAUGCUACUCGUUUCAAGACCUCGGAGAGACUUCACUCGAGGCUGCGUAUGCACACCCUUUCUAGGACUUGACCCAGUUCUCAUCAUGUUUGUGUCCCUCAAUUAUGGCAGCUUACGAACAGCCUGCGUAUGAUCAUAUUUUUAAAUGUUACUCAAAAUAAAUAGCAAGUUGACUGUCAACUGUCCAAUUUUUCGCAAUGCCCUAAUAAGUAAGAAUGAAUUUCUGCCUGUGAAUCUACUCGUGUGGUCGGGGCUCUUGCACGUUAGAAGAUCAUUUUCAGAUGCGAUUUUAUGGCUACGCACGCGAAAACUACUUGUAAUUUCGACAGCGGUUUGUUAUCAUCGCCUGACAGGGUCGUGGAUUGAAAGUCUCGGCGCGGUCGUAUUACGUCGAUGUCACGAGUUUGUUGGCUGCACGAUGAACAUCAGUCAUUAACGCCUGGACUGUAAGCUCUAAAUAAAGUGAGGAGGGCUUGGCAGAACCCGCUUUCUUGAAGUAAAACUCAUAAGCGGUUGGGGCAGGGCUCUAUUACGCUGUCCAGGUCUGUCGACGUGUUAUUAUCUUAGUACUAUGAUUGAUUUCGGUAUGCAGUUAGCAGUUAGUUUUUUGUCUCCGCCCAGAUGUUGUGGGUUACGGUUAGGUUUGGGGUAACGCGAAUGGCUUGCUCUUCGCUUUCUUGGGGGGGGGGGGGGCAGGGUAAGGUUUAUUUUCAGCUCUAGGGUUAGUAUUAGGCUAAUUCUUCGGCCUGAGAUAAGGGCUAUCCUUCGGCUUAGUUUUUUGGUCCACAGGUAGGUUAGGAUUGGUUUUGUCAGUUUGGCGGAACGUUCUGGGGUGACGGUUGGGAUUAGAAUCACGGUUGGCAUUAAGGUGUUUUGGGUUAGAGUUCGGGACACUGUCCGGCUUAGAAUAUUAGGCUCUGAGGCAGAUUUAGGCAUGCGGUCCGGCCUUCAGUUACGUUUACUGUUAGGUUUGAGGUUACGGUUAGGGUUGAGUUUUGGAUUAGGAUCGGGGUUAGGGUUAAGGUUAGUUUUGGGGUUAAGCUUAUGGUUAUGGUUAUAGUAAAGGUUAGGACUACGAUUCAGGUUAAGGUUAGGAGUAGGGUUUCGUCUAGUGCCACGCUUAUGAUUGAAUUGAGGCUUACGUGCAGGUUUGUUGUUUAGUUGGCUUUAGAUUUUGGGUUACCCUUUGUGGGUCUUGCUUGCGGCGAUUAGGGUGUCCCCCAGGUGUUCCGCUUGCGAUGGCAUAUCUUAUACAUUUCUUUCCUACGUCUUCCUUAUCUUCCUCCGCUUGCGUUUACCCUUCUUCGGCCUCCGGCGAUUGGGUUUCCUGCAUGGCAGUCACCUUGCGUAGAAUACAUAUGUGAUGUCUUAGCGGUCACAGCAUGCCCGUAAUCCGCAUUUCCUGUUAGAUACGCUUUGUAAUUAUUUUUGUUUCCCAUCCACUUUCUGCUCUCUGGACAACGAACUAAUUUUCCUUGCCUUUACCCAGCGACACGCCAUACUCAUCAGCUCCUGUGUCUUUUACCCGAUUCCUUCCUCCGACUACCUCCGACCAGUCCAUCUGCUUUCUAACCUUUAGCCCUUCUGCAUCCUCUAACAUGUGCAUUUGCUAUUGAUAGUGCCGCUCCCCCCGCCCACAUGCCUUGGGCCCCUUUUGCGCUGUACUGCGCUUUCGUCUCGUGCUCCGAUUCCCUUCUCUUUUAGAGGUUUCGCCUUUACCUCUUCUUUGCUCGUACAAUCGGCUACGUCAACAUCCACGCAAUGCUUUGUCUGUGGUGUAUACGUACCGCUUGGUCAGUCUAACUCUUACCCAUCGCCUCUUCGUUUACUUAGGUUCCGUUGGGGUACAUUAGAAAAACAAAAAACCAGACUUUAGAGACCGCUUUAUUUGCACAAUUACUAUAAGCUUCUAUCCGGUUGCAAUAGUAUUCGCUGUGCGCCGCCCUGGUUUGCGUAGCCACCACUUUUUAUAUGCCCGUGUAGGUUCACUUAUGUGUUCUGCUGCACGGCAGCCGUCGCCCGCUUCAUCUUCUCCGCGGUUUCCAAGUUUACCGGGUAGGCUUCGACUAUGUGCCGCUUGAAGAUCUUCCAUACAUUAUCCGCGUGCUCGCGAAGUUGAAUUCGUGUCCCUCCUCCAGGGUGGGAGUAGCGACCUGAGACAGUCGGUCGCCUCUCCGGACUGCCCAUAUAUGCUCCAUUAUUCGCGAGCUAAGCCGUCGUCCGGUGUGUACUGUGUAAUGGCGUUGGCAGUCCCGGCGUGUGAUCUGAUAAACGGCAUCCGAUUGUUCAUCUACGUCUAGUUGGUCCUUUAUUUGCAUGAUUUUGUUGCGCAUGGUCGCUGUCGGACGGUGAGCGAUACCCAAACCGAGCUCUGGAGCAAUACGUUCCGUUGCUUCGGGCAUAUUCUUAAUAUACGGUAGAGGGUGCCAGGUUGUUGUCGUCUCUCCUCCGUUUCUUCGCCGUGGGUGCGUUCUGCUGCACGGCAGCCGUCGCCCGCUUCAUUUUCUCCGCGGUUUCCAAGUUUGCCGGGUAGGCGUCGGCUAUGUGCCGCUUGAAGAUCUUCCAUACAUCCGGUAGGUUAUCCGUCGGUAUUUCACUUCGUCUUUAUGCGCCCGUACCGCCCUAUCAGAUACCGGACCACUUUCGGGCAGCUUUCUUAUCAGAUGGCUCCAGUAGCUUUCUACUGCAUUCGUAUGCCUACCCGUCGUGGGAUCAACAAAGUUUCGUCUACGGUUCUCAGUGUAGUGCUCAUAUCCGACUGUGGGCACACGGGUAUGGCUCUCUCACUCAUAGCUUAGAUUUAAUUUUCAACCCCUUUCUGUAAAGCUGUUUACGUUUUUUUCCUUAUUUUCAUUAAGUUUGACCGCUUGAUCCUCUUUCUUACCUUAUCAUCGCAGUUUUUGUGUGCCUGCUUUGUUUACUGUUUACUACGCACAUCUGGCACCCACUUGCUACAGCAUUAGCGUCCCCAUGUCAUUUCCUCUGGUUCUGGCUUUGUUCGGUCCAGCUUCAGUGACCUGCACCGUCUAAUCAUGUCCUUUGGUUUUUUAGGUUGCCUUAACCAUUUUUUAAAACUAUGCGGUCGUUAUGUUGUGAUUGUUGUUCUCAUGUAAACAGCUGUUGUACUUUGUUGUGUUAUUCCGUGGCAGAAUAGCAUCGUUGGUGGACUUUGUCACUUUUUUCCUCCUGUCCCACCCGAAAACCCCUAUUGCCACGGUUCCCGUAUUACACGCGUCUACCUUUGCUUGUCUGGGACUCGGGCAGCGUAAUAGUGCCUUGCUGUUCUCUAUUCUCGUGUCUUGCCGAACUGUGUACCAUUGUAAAUGCUACGGUGCAUCUGGCUGAAAGAGCCCCAGUGAAGUGUUUGACUGAUGUUACCAACGUCGGUUCUCUUAGUGAAAAAACGUUUUCGGUCUCGUUAUUUCGUAAUGAAAGCUGCGAAUUGCACUGACUUAAGCAUAACUACCGUUUGGGGCGUUGAAUUUUGACCUUGGACUUAUCGCUUUUAUCUCAUCGAGACAUCGAAUGUCAAAAAUUGUUUUUGUGGAAUCUUCGAGAGGGAUUUGCACCCUCUAGUGGUACUAUCAGCCAUAGCUGGUCGCACUUAUUCAGCACACCGUUAUCGAUAACUCAUAGGUUUGGCUUCGCCGUCUAGACAAGCUGUUUGCUGUGAUAAAAAGGAGCUUUGGAUUUCAUAGACUGCAGGCACAACCUUUUAUGAAGAUUGUGUGAUAGUCGAGCGCUUUGUCAUUUAAACGAUGAACAACUCUACGAAUAAACUAGUUUCAGAACGUCGCGCCGGCUGUGUUAUGACCCGAACUGGUGCUCGGCAAUAACACGAACCGUAUGAGUGCACGACUGUUGUCCCAAACCCCAACAUGCCAGAGAAGCAAAGCAUGACCAGCCAUGAGAAAAUGUGCUGAAACCUGCAAGUCAUCCUCAGUGGACGACGGUGUGUACCCAUAGCACCUUUUUCGGUUUGUCCAGCAUUCUGUCCAGUCCGCUUCAAGGAGAAAGUUCUCGAAUAUCCGGACGACUUCUUGCGGACGUGGACCGAUCAGGUUUUAGGGGAGUGCUGUGGACGCAUCCGACGGUGAGGCGGCGUCGACUGCGCGUUUUUGACGUGCGGCGGGGGACGCGCGCGUGUGAUGUCUGACGAGAUUAACCGACUUUUUGGGAAUGGGGACAUUCCCAACAGGCUGGAAAAUGGAUUGAUUAAAAGUUAAGGUACAUCCACCCCUAUGUAACCUUUUGCAUCCAUUUCUGCAGGAGGUAUCACUAGAAAUACCUUAAAUACAUCAUUUUAAUAGCCACUGUGCCAUUAAUGACCUUGACACUUGGGAUGACUGUUUUCGCUUCAAAAAUUCCACCUAUAUUCUUCACUAAACAUAUUCUUCAAAACUGUACCUUCGCCCCCUGCCCACUUUCUAAGCCCUCAUCUCUGUCAUUUAGCCAGCUUCCCAAAUUGACACACAGUACCACCACGUUAGAAAAGACUGCUCGCAAAUUCAGCUCGCGUUUCCAGUCAACAGUCGUCGCCUGGGUGGGCUUUGUCAAAUUCCAGGGAGAUCAGGGUUAACGUUCAGGCUAAGGUUAAAGUUAAGACAUGGGAAUAUAUAUCCUUCCUGAAACUUAGUGCAAGGCCGCUUGCAUUACCCGGAGUUCCCGUUGCCGUGCCAUACCCACAGUUCGCCAACUUGCCACCUGCGUGCGAAUCGUUCCGCUGUGGACAAAGGCUCGGUUAAAAGGCUAUGCGCCUUAUGUACAGUUAUUAUGCAGCUGGAAGCCACGGACGUGGACUUAUUUUCGUGUGAAAUAUCAUCUCUACUCGCUGACUAGUUACUGACCGAUAUUUAUGACCGAACAUGCUCUCGCGGCUUGGUCUGUUGUUCAAAAGCAUGAUAUCUCACAGACGACCAACAGGAGUGGAGCAAAGGAACCACUUUACGCUGAGGAUACUGAAAAUCUAACAACUUAACCUGAUGCCUAGUACGCCGGAUUGACGGCUACCGGCGCUGUCCAGCUUACACGUUCAGGUUACGCGGUCUCUUAUGCAAAAGCUUUGCCAUUGAAUCUUUAUAGCGCCUUAAAGGAGAUUAAGCAUUCUGCCUCUGGCACCCACGCCGCGCUAGGAGUCGUGUGAUCACGACUCCCGAGCGCCAGAACGUGAGCUUAUUCAACUCCGAGCAUAGCCAUUCACUGACGCCCACAAAUUCCACUAUCACUCAAUCAACUGACCAGGCUGACACUGACUCACGCCCACGUCGCCCUAGCGCACGGACGCGCGCGGCCCUACAGCCGGCCCCGCGUUGAGGGCUCUGACAGCCACCAGGCUUCUGUACAGAAUAUACUACUGUCGGUGUCUUUCCCUUGUUUCUCUAAAACUGUGCUGGACCGUGAUUAUUGUGGCGCUCUGAGUGCACUUUUGUUGCCGACAGCCAUCAUGGCCAUAUCUGGCGUCCUUGUUCAGGACCCAGUUGCGUUAAGGUCAUUCACCUUCGCAGCUAGCAGUUCCAGGUGCGCUGGCCUGCAGCCACUCGACUGACUUCAACUCGGAAGCACAUGUGUCCACAGAGUCGCAGCAGCUCAUACGCCACUUGAACUCACUAUCCCCUGCGAAUGUAACAUAUGUAAGCCACUUGAAGACCCCCCCCCUCGACAGAUCAACACACCAAUUGGACACCAUUUCAGAUUGCCCCUCAAAACUAGAAAAACAGCUGCCACCUGUGUGUCAAUGACUCAGGUAUGACUGGAUACCGUCAACGCCAGCCCUGACCUUACCAGCGGUCACUGACGCCUGAGAUGACAAUUCGGUGUUCUGUAUGAGAUAAACCCCUUAUUCUGGUGACUUCUGUCUUUUCCUGCAACACGGAAUUUGGCCUGAUGAUUGUAGCGUCCAGAGUACACUUUCACCGUCUUGCCGCCACGCUCACUGUUUAGACACCGCAACUUCGCCAGCAUGCGCGCUAAAUUUUCACGCCCGGACGGUAACAUGCUGAUAUCUGAUUUGUGCGAAUGUAUGUACAUCGGGAUUAUUUUAGAUUGCGGUGAUCUACCGACCUGCGAGCCACUGUUCUACGAUCAAGGAGUGUUACUGAUAGAGCAAAGAAACACAGAGAUGCCCACUUCUGGCUUAUUGGUUAUCAUCAGCCAGCGACUCCAGAUCCCCAGUUUUUGGCUCAUUCGGGGUUUGGAUCCGGAUCCAGUGGGCCAUUGAACAAUUAAGUCUAACGUCCUAACUGUCUGGGCCACCGGACUGACGCCCGGUUGACUCUGGACUCUAACUCGUUUGCUUUGUCCGGAGGUGCUCGUUAGUGUCUUUUCAAGACGCCCCAUCCAAAUCCUGCCAAGUUCUGUGGCCCCAAAAAUGGCUUGAACCAUCGAACCCAUAGUAAAUUCCUCUUCGGCUGACGUGGUCUGGGAGGUCUGACUCCCAGACUUCACAGUAGGCAGACCAGCUGAUGAUCCCAUAAUUCACUUCAGCCCUCAAGUUGUAAUCAUUCGCGCUGACAGAGUCUGUAAAUAGUCCAGCCAUAAAGCUGUAUUUACACUGUCUGCAUGAAAUGCAUGCCUCGUGCGUUCAAAUACAACCGACUACGAUGUUCUGAGACCAAAUAGGGACAGUGGGGUUUCUUACCUACCAGAACUCAAGCUUGCUGUAUUCAGUCGAACUGGAACCCACCACGUGAGGCGAACUCAGUAACUUUUGCAAUAAAACUCCUGAACACACACGGCUAAGCAGUUUCUUGCGUGAACAGCGUUUAUGCACUGAAGAUCUGCAGGAUUAUGGUGCUUAUUCAGCAGUUCUUCGAACCAGGUGACUGAACACUGUUAGUUGUCAAAAGAAGAGACGUUCAUCGGGAGAGGUUUAUUUGAGGCCUGACGUUUCGAGUAGUAAUUGCGUCUACCUAUCAUCUUUUGAAAUGUCGCCUAGGGAUCGCAUUUGCACUAAUACUGACUACCAACUGUACACAAGGAAGCUACAUAAUUUUCCCCCAGCUCCUUUUAAAGUCUCCUGACGGUUAAUUGUUAGGAAUUAAUCCCGAGUCCUGGAAAUUACUGGCGUGCUCGGCACGUUUGCAGUGCUGAAUCAAGUCUAUCUCCAGCUGGUAGGCCACAUUGUUGGAAUAUCAAGUGAGCACCUCUGAAAACGACUCUGCCACUGUGAUGGUGAUGUUACAGAGGCCGUAGAAGGAAAUUAUGGAAUUAAUGCUACAAGGACACCCUGAAACCUUCACUCGAAUGUCUCGGGACCAGUCAGGGUUCCUUGGAAAUCGUCGCACAAGAUCGUCAGGCAUGACGAGGCGCCACAAAAUCUGGAACUGUAGUAUUUGAAGCCAACGUAUUACAUGAAGCGGUGGCGAUGCGACAAGGACGUGGGUCUGUUAUACAGCGAAACAAAACUUUGAGCGUGUCCUUACCGCCAACGCACAUUCCGGGCUCGCACAGACCUUUUUGGCACCUAUAAACUCUCCGUAACAAUAACUUGGACAUGAUGCUGAAGAUCGUUUACAACACUCCAAUUCAAUUCCAAAGGGGCCAUACCGGCGUUUGUAGUUCAAGGUGGAGCAAAAUUGGUGGAACCUUUAACGUGCAGAUACGAAAUCUGUCUCCAGGCAUGCUGCCACCUGCUACCACUUCUGUCGCCUCGCCAGCUACUGCAGCUUCGUUCAUUGACUUGUCCCACCUGCUCGACACCCGGCUAAACGCUACCCACUCAUUUAUAACUCAACUUCACGGCAGAAUCAUUAAGGAAAGUCCAACCGUCGGCGCCUCCCUAUACACUUGCCGUCAAAGCCUAUACCUGCGACAGUUAGACGGUCGCAAGCUGCGAAGUUCACCGCGUGCCCCAUGGAGUGGGCGCAGUACCAGUGACUUGCACUCGAAUUAGUUUGUAACGGGGCAGACUUAUGCAGCGUGUGCCGCACUCUCGCCUACCACACCCACAUUGCUCCGGUGGCGGCACAAUGUUAGGACGAACGGAGGCGGGGUCGGCCUUAAUGGUUGACAAAGCUAAACGGUCCGUCUACGCGUGCCGCAGGCAACCUUGUUUUUGCAGAAUAUGCUAGGAUUUCCUAGGGGGCGAUUGGGACCCAACAUGUGUGAGUGCUAUAAACGACCGCAUUUAGAGGGAGCCACUGCAGCCUGAUCCUCGGUCACUCCAAAAUACCAUGAGGGCUGAGUUACCCCGUUAGUUAGUAACCUUUCAAGUCAUAUCUCUUAGCGCGUCGUGGUAGAAUCAUGUGUGUCAGAUUUACUCGAGUGAGGAAUGCGCUGAUUUGCCGGUGGGAUGGAUUCCCCAGGGUCAGCCUCUAUUCCCUUCCCCAUACACCAGUUGACUGUCCGAGCCUGUCAGCCAAUCGAUGAUGAUGGAGUGACAUAACCUUUAAGAUGGCUUUCGGCUAUAAUCUGUGACUUAUUAUCCUCUUCAUACUUUUGUACGCCGACAACACGCACUUGCUUGCUCUUUUCAGCGGCUGUUCGGAGUUCGUUCUGGGCCAAACCAUCACAUUUCAGUAUGCCAAGUUUGGUUCGUUGGCAAAUCCUGUUAGACGAAUCGUCGGUGUCUCCUAUUCAUUAGUGCGCGGGACUUUACUCCUCGACGUAAGUUUACCUUGUUGAAAAUAAAGCAAAAAAUUAUCCUGCUUAAUUGGUGAAGACGCGGCUUCUUAUUCUUUUUAGACUACCUUUAAGUGGAUGUUAACAGACGCGACGACUUUGUCUUUAAAUAGUCAAUCAGCGCGUUUCGCGUAUCUAAGUAAGCUUUUGAGUCAGAGUCAGUUGGAGACCUGCAGCACUAUUUUCUGAUGUAGGAAACUCAUGUGGGUUCUGUACAGUGCAGUCUUAAUGGUACUCUUGGUGCCGACAAUGCGCUUGCCGAAAUCUAUCAAAAGCAGGCUGCGAUCUGCAAAAUCAAAGUACAAAAGACGAUUCAGAGUAUUAGCUUCUCUGGCCGUUUAUAGUCAACAAAGUAAAUGAGAUUGGAUGGACGUAGAACACCUACUACUAAGGGGGAUGGAUGAGGAAGUCCUUUAAAAGAAACCGAGGAAAAAACACCAUGUAGUAAACUGUUGCUCGGACAUUAAUUCUGUCCAUGUAGUGAUUAAGUAGAGUAGCAUGCUUUAAGGAAGCAAUUGUAUGACUUAGAUGUAAGUUUAGGGGCUUGCUGAGUUGACGGAAUCAGCUAUGUCGGGUUUUGUAAAAGAUAAGGUGAGAAAAUUUCGGAUUGAGAGGAAUGCACUUUAUUUUGAAAGUUAAAUUUAAGAUUUUCAGCAAAAAGGGCCUCCAUUCACUGUGAACAGAAUACAACUUAACAAAUUACGCAACAGUCAAAAAGGUUGAAACAAAAAGAAUACUCAUUACGGGGACAGUUAAAGUCUCAGUUUAUAUAUUUCUGUCUCUUCACUCGUAAGAUAGCGUGCAUGGAAUGGCAAUACAGAAGGCUAACACGCAGAUGUACGGUAAGAUUUACCGCAGUGAGUGACCAAUCUCGUGAAAUGUUGGCCAAAAUUCUGAAAUGCGUUUUCGAUUAGAAAGCUUACUUAGGUGGGGUUGUAAUAAGGAUGAUCCCGCGGAAUACUUGUAUAGUAUUUCGGAUUUGGCCGGAUGUCGGCUUUUGAAUGCAUUUCUUUUCAAUCUCCUGUCGAAACCGUAACCGGUAAGAAUGACUACUUAAGUAGCAUGCAUUUUUCACACUGAUUUUCGAUGGUUUUAUAAAUUCAAAUAUAUUUUAUAAGAAAUGCGAACAAAGAGAUUCUUUCACUCUUUUGAUAGAGAAUCACGUCAAUUUCAUAGUUUAUACUCAAAGAAAGAGUAUUAUUAGAUUUUAAAACAGGAAAUUGGAAAGAAGUGCAUUCAAAAGCCAACAUCCUGCCAAAUCCGAAAAGUUAUAGGAUUAUGUCGCCGGAUCAUCAGUAUUACAGUCCCACCUAAGUUGUCCUUCCUAAUCAAAAACGAAUUCCAGAAUUUUAACCAACAUUUCAUGAGAUUGGUCACUCACUGUAUGUCGAAAGCCACGGGGCAUGGAGCGGAUGGGCCUCGCACAACUAAGUUCGGGAAGGGAAAUUCGAUUAUCGCCAUCCGUAAACAAUGUGGACGUCCGACUAAGGUCGACGUUAAGCCUGCAAAAAGGUCCUCUGCGCGCAGAAAAUAACGUUUAUUGCGAUCAUUGCUUUUAUCGCCACCAGGAUACUUUACCGUCGUGACUUGGUGAAACAUCCGAUACAAGCGCUGUAUCUGUGUUUUUUAGUUGAGGAGCUUUCUACUUUAUGAAUUUAUACUCUUCUAGCAGCCCUGAAUGCGAUGUUCUGGAUUGUUUUGCGCCGUGGGAGACCAAAUUUCAAUUAAUCUUUGGUCAUGUUUAAAUUACUCCUGCGAAUAGUGAUAUCGGUAUCGUCGUCUCGAAAACUCAUGUUAAAGAACCAAGUAAAUGUUAGCUAACAUAAAAUCACACUGUCUAUACUUUGCGUAGCUGGGCUGGAGGGACAGCUAAGGAAACUUGGGGGCGGUGACGACAGACGUGCGGGCAAAUUGAUACAGCAUUAUUUCAGACUUACUCUGCCUUAAUUCAGCUCAUCGUAAUCCUACCCACCAUAUGGAACCUGAAACACAAAAGUACUCAUUCGAACACACAGCUGACUAGCAGACAGCCUCUAUCUGAUUUGUCAUAAACAAUCUAGACGAAACCGAAGUUCAUCAGCGUCUCACCUGAUACGCUGCAUAUCUGCCAUGUGGUCAUGCAAGAAUAAUAAGCACAUGCUGGUACAUUGGCCUCUUCAAACAAACAAACUCCUAAUGCUAUAAUGUCUUAACCCAGUUCGACCUGGUAGGUGGUUGCCCGCUCGUGACCUCUACAACGCACCUGGAGAUUGUUUGUGCAUAAAAGCCAAGGCAUCGGCGUUAGCUCAGUCAAUAAGAACUUUGACCUUCGCAUGUAAACUGACAUUGGGCACGCGUAUGAAGAUUUAGUCAUGUUACUUGCAUGCAGUGGUUUAAGACAGCAGGUCGCACACAGUUUUUGGCCAUUGACCCACCUAAUGCUGCAUAGUUCCUACUAAUUGACCGUUUUAAAUUCCAUCUGAGACGCGCCUCUCUUUUUUCAUUACGGCGGCUACUCACAGACGUGUAAGCUUGUGGAAACUCACUUGUUUCCUCCGGUUUUUAGGGUCUUGAACGCGACUACGAGAUCAGUACUCGGAUCCGCUUCCUUGAUGUCAGUCCCUCUCCCAGUGUGAUCGAGAUGGAACCGCCACUCUUGGUGCUCAGACUACCGGAGGAUUUCUUCUAUCCCUUCUUUGUUACUACCUAA